AACAAGUAGUUAGGCCAAAAAGCUGAAAGAGCGACUGCGAGAGGGCAACCAUCGCAAACCUCCUCUAAAACAGGCGUGUGAGGCGGAGGUGGGAGAGGGGAGAAAGAAAAGGCCGUCAACUUGGCGGGCGGAAGAAUGAUCGAGCAGGGGAGAGGGGAUGGAAAGGCGUGGGGAAGGGGACAGGAAAUGGGACUGGAAAGGUCAAAGAAAGCGAAGAAGAGUUCCUUCGCAGGGAGGGAAUGGAGGCAGGGAGGUUUGAGGAAGAGGCAAGGCAGACAAAGAAGCCAUGAAGGUUCGAAGAAGGUUCAGGGUCUCCUUUCGCCCAGGCCCCCCCUCUCCCCACCCUUCUUGCUGCUGCGACCCUCCCUCCCCUGCAUCCUCUCUUCAAGGCAAGAGCGCGAGUGCCUUCACCAGGGGAUUGGAAAGUAUCCCAGCUCGCGCAGGAGGGACAACUCACUCGGCCCUGUCUGUCGCUGAUGGUGCAGCAGCAGGAGAGGAGAGGACAGACGGUAGCAUGGAGAGGGUGCAGGGGUGAGAGAGGAGCGAUGAGGCGAGGGGGGGGGAGGAGUGAGACGAGCAGGAGUGGAUAGAAGGAGAGCCGUGCCACUGAGACCU